GCCAUGGCCCCAGGCUCCUUGGCCGCUUGCUGGGAUGCAGGGCCAACGUUGCUGACUCCUGGAGAUGUCAGGUUGAGGAGUUUCCAUGCGACGUCCCUGGCUUCACUGGAUGAGGCGCGCGCAGCCUCAGAAGCGGUAGCUACGCUGCUCCCCAGGCGACGCGGUGCUCAAGACUGGCUUGGCAACUACGAUGCAGGCUUGGUCCCAGCUUGCGGAAGCCGCGCAGUGCCAUCGCGGCGGUCCGACGUCGGCACGGCUUUCCUGGGAAGCCAUGAAUCCGCUUCCUCAUUUCAGCAGCAAGGCUGGCAGCAGCAGCCGCCUCCACAGCAGGGAUUCCAGCAGCAGCAGAACUUCCAGCAGGGCCCGCCUCCACAGCAGGGCUACCAGCAACAAGGCCAGUUCCAGCAGGGCCCGCCGCAGCAAAACUUCCAACAGGGCCCGCAGCAGGGUCCGCCGCCGCAGGGCCAGGGCUACCCCCCGCAAGGCGGCUACCAGCAGCAGGGUUACCCCCAGCAGGGAGGAUACCCACCACAGCAGGGGCAGCAAGGAUAUUACCAGGGACAGCCUGGGCAGCCAGGUUACCAGGGUGCUCCGCCACAGGGUGCUGCGAG